AUGAUUUCGAUGAUUUGUUUUAUAACUCGAAUAUCUAAAUAUCCAAUCUUUUGGAAUCGCAUCGUUCUGAAGCAACAUGCAAAAAUAAUCACUGAAGAGAGAUGUCGCUUCUGGCGGUUACUGAAUACAGAUGGCACUCUUGACGAUAUUUUCUCGGGAAAAACAGUUUCGGGGAAAAGAUCAUCUCAACUCCGUUCAGCAUAA